UUCAGCCAAUCAACGACGGGGAGGCGAUGACGUAUACGGAAGUAGUUUUUGUUUUCGGUUAGCGAAGAAGACCUCGAAAACUGAACAUUUGUUUAUUAAAUGUUGUAUAUUAUUAAACAUUGAAAACGUGCUAUUUGCUUAUAAGAACCUUAAGCACUUGUAUAAGGUCACAAUCCUGAAUCGAUUUGUUGAAUGCAGUCGUCUGAAGCCAGCUCUCUACAGUCUUGAGGAUGGAGCUGUCAACUGACGUGGCUGUGGUUGAGAACAUUGCAAAACUGCCAUCAGAAGUGUUUGAAGAAACAUGUCAUGAGAUCCUGCUUCAUCUUGAAGGAAAAUGCAGUGCAGUAGAUGUGGUUGAAAAUUACCAGAAAUGUCAAAAAGCUGGGAUACAACUUGACUGUAAAGCUGUUCAGGAUAUUAUUAGGCUGCUGUCAUUUCAUUUUAGGUCUGCCGCGAAGACUAACCUCACUGCAGAUGGUCUGGUUGCUAAAUUAGGAGAGUGUAAUAUGAAAUGGUCCAAAUCUGCUUUACAAGUCGUGCACCAGCUGUGGACAGAUCAUGGCUCUCUUGUACAAGCACACCAGGAGUUGCAGGCUGUGGCCAGCAUUGGUCAGCUGGUAGACAUCCAGUGGAAGCUGGGGAUGGCAGUAAGCUCCGACACAUGUCGCUCGCUCAACUCCCCGUACAUCUCUGUCCUGAUGAAAAUCGCAGACACAUCUGGAGAGAUUUCCUACAAGUCUUUUGAGAUGACAGUUCUUCAGUUCCAGAAUUUCUACAGACAAUUCAAAGAAAUUGCUUCUGUUUUGGAAACUGUGUAAAAGUUCAGCUUUAAUUGUUCUAUUGCUCUCUGUAGCCUUUCACUAUUUACUGACUGUUUACACCUCUUUUGAUAUGUCUUUGUGCUCUGUAACUAACCCAUAGUGGGGUUUUUAACAGUGCUCUAUUUGCAUUUUGUAUGUGCAUUCCAAAAUAAUUUGUUAUAAACACUGAAUAAAGCUUGAAUAAAGAUAA